AUGACAAAGGCUCUAAUGGUGAGGUGUUACCUGCUCUGUUUACUAACUCUUGCACUCUGUUGUGAUUGUGGGUUAGUAUGGGCUGAUAGUUCUAAAGCUUCUGAUUCCCUUAUUGAAACUUCUACUGUAGGUGUUCCUUCUCUUGUUCAUCAUGCUAUUCCUGCGGAUGAUGAUUGGCUUGAGGUUGAUGAAGCAGGUACGGAAGAGGAAUUACCGAGAGAUGAGUCAUCCACUGUAGAUCUUGAGAAGAAAGAGAAGUUGGGUAUAGAGAGAACACCUCAUUCUCCGAAU